AUGGUGGCUACCCUGAACCAGAAGGGCAUGAUUGUCAUCACCAAGGGCAAGAUAAUUGCGGUUUUGCUGUUGAUUUUAACAUGGUGGGCUGCAGCACUCCUACCAAACUACUCGCCCAUCAUCCAGGCAGAGAUUCAAUCCCGAUUCCAUGAGGCAUUGCAAAAGGUCCCCUCGAUCGAGGUCGCCUGGCACAGACCAGCAGACCCCAAGUCGAACUAUGAUCAGACCAAGAUAGCCCUCAUCAUCGAGGCGCGUCCCAUCCCGCACCUUGUGCCUCAGAUACUGCACAUGAUCACGGUGCUCCCGCCUGACUGGCGGAUGGUGUUUAUAGGCAGCGAGGCCAGCGUCCUCAGCGUUGGUCGUGCGUUCGCCGUAAAGCACCAGCAGGUCAUUGGCAAGAUGGACCUGAUGGUCCUGCCGCAGCCCUGGGAGAUUGACUCCAAGGAAAAGGUCCACCGCAUGAUGACCGACAUACGCUUCUACGACGAAUUCCUACCUGGCGUUCAGUGGAUACUGAGAUUCGAAUCAGACAGCAUUCUAUGUGCCAAUUCGGAGACCAGUUUGAAUGAUUGGUUGAGCUGGAGCUGGGCGGGAUCACCUCGGUACGUGCACUGUCUGAAAUCUCUAUUCAUUACAGAACAACCCCUCUCAAUAUUCAGCAGUCUACUUACCAAGCAGCUUAUAAACCACAGUAAAAAAGACGACCGCUUCUCCGGCAACGGAGGUCUGUCACUACGAAAAGUCUCCGCUAUAAGACGGGUGCUGAACUUCCAGGAGCGUUACAACGACACGGAGCCCGAGGACGAGUGGUUCGGGCGGCGGGUCUGGGUCCUCCCCGGCGAGAAGGUGGCGUCGGGCUUCGACGGCAUGCUGGCGGUGGAGGACGUCUACAUGCAGCGGCCGAUGGGGUUCCACGUGCGAGAUUUUGGCCGGGCGCUGAACGACGACGUGUGGAAGGACCACGAGCAGCGGCAAAAGAUCUUUGAGUACUGCCCGGAGUUGAGCCUCAUCAUGGACAUGAAGCUCGAGCGCGAGCGCUGCGAGGGAGACGAUCGCGAGGGGACCAUCAAGCCGGUGCAAAAGCCCGAAGAGGAUAAGGACAAGGAAAACAAGGCCAAGGAGGAGCAGGAGAAAAAGGCAAAGGAGCUGGCGGAUAAACUGGCGGACGAAUCGAAGCGCAAGGAUGCAGAGGCUUGGCAGGAGGAGCAGGACAAGCAUAAACCCAAGAAUGACUAA